AUGGGUAAGAGUUUGAAGGCGAAGAAGCGUGCAGCUUCGCUAGAAGUUUUGGCAUCGAGCAGUUGUCCUUUGGUGGAGUUUGUAUUCGACGAACCUUUAAUUCAGGUGGCAUGUCAUCCAGAGCAACCAAUCGUUGUUUGUGCGAUUGCUACGGGUCAUGUAUUUUGCUGCAAAUACGACGCCGCGGCUCUAAAGCGUAUACUUAAUAAGAAGGAAAGUGCGCUAUCUAAAGAAGAAAACCAGGCGGACCAAAAGCGUAAGAAGUUUUGGAAAGUGAUCAAAUUGAGUCCUAACACGAGUGAGAUACCAUUGGAGGAAGACGAGGAGAAGGCUCCUGUUGAGAUUCUAUGGAAAACCAGAAGACACAAAGGUAGUGUUAGAGGGUUGUGUUUUAAUGGUGAUGGGUCCGAGUUGUAUACCAUCGGUAUCGAUAGGGUGUUGAAGAGGGCCGAUACCAUGACUGGUAAAGUGGUGAAAAAAGUUACUCUACCACUAGAGGAUGAGAAGAAUCAAUAUACUAAGCUAGUGAGAUCUCAAACACACCCAUUUUUGUUACUCGGAGAUGAGCGUGGUAAUAUAUACACGCUAAACAGCGAAACGUUGAAAAUACAAAACACAAUCAAGUCUAUUCACAACGGUGAUGCGAUAAACGAUAUAUUCCAGUUUGUGGGUAGGUCUGUGUACAAGUUUAUCUCUCUCGGGCAAACUACGCUAGCGUUCUGGGAUAGCAGAGAGUCGAACGAGUCUGAUGCUGAUAUUCCAGAAGAUGAUUUAGAAGCAAAGAGGAAAGUGUACACAAGUGAUGAUCAGGAGGAUGAAAUGAUCUGCGGUACUUUUGUCAAUCCAGAUGACGGAGAUGUGCUUGUAUGUGGUAUGGGUGAAGGUGUUCUCACCGUUUGGAAACCAAAAAAGAACGACUUGGUGGAUCAGGUCACUAGAAUUCCUAUCUGCAAGAACGAGAGUAUAGAUUGCAUCAUCUCUUCUUACCAAGACAAUAACUGUGUAUACUGCGGAUGCUCAAACGGUAAUGUAUACAAAGUCAACGUUAAACUCGGGAAGGUUGUUGAGAUCAGGAAACAUAGUUCUCUUGAUGAAGUAUACUUCAUUGAUUUGGACCAUGAGUAUCGUGUGUUAAGUGCUGGAAUGGAUAAAUUAAAACUAUGGGAUCUAACAUCUGAGGAGGGUGACAAUGAAAAACCAUCAAGUGACCAACUGUCCGAUGCGGAAGAUGGUUCAGAAUCCUUUUCUGACUCUGAUUUAGGUUCCGAUUCCGAUUCCGAUUCCGAUGCCAACUCGGAUCCCGACUCAGACGCAGACUCCGACUCCUCUUCGGAUGAAGAGACAAGUGACGUGGAAGAAACUCUUGUUGGUUUGUCCAAAGACGAACUUUUAGCAGAACUAGACAAGGAUUUACAAUCAUCAGAUGAAGAAUCAAAACCCGAAAAGAAGAGAGCCAAGAAACCUCAACCAAAGAAUGCCAAGAAACAGAAAAAGGAGCUAAAUAACAAACAACUAAGAAACCUACAGACUCACGAACAUGGUAUCAAGAAAUUUGAAGGUUUGUAA